AUGAAAUCCUUCAUAGUUUUGUGCUUGUUCGGUCUGGCUGCGGUGGCUCUGGCCAAGCCUAAUGGUAGCACUUACACCGACAGAUACGACAAUGUCAAUCUGGAUGAGAUCCUUGCUCACAUCAGGGAGGCUUUAGAACAGAACUGUGCUAAAUGUACCGAUACUCAGCGCAGUGGAACCCGUAGGGUCCUGGGCCACAUCAUCAACAAUGAGCAGGAGUCCUGGAACCGUCUCAAGGCUAAAUAUGACCCCGAGUCCAAAUACACUGUCAAAUACGAACUGGAACUCAGAAAACUGAAGCAAUAAAUUAUUUUAUAGAAUAAGGAUAACAUAGUGACAGUUUAGUUUAUUUUUUUCGAUUAAGUGAGUACAAUUAGAACAAAGCAGACUAGAAUUUGGUAAGACAACGAUGGCGCCCUUAGCUUCAGAUCAAAAAUCUCAAAUAUAGACAACCUCCUUUUGUAAAUUGAUAGUGUUGUCGUUGUUUUACACUUUUACAAUAAAGAUAUCAAACAUAAUGAAUAUCAAGGCUUGUGAAAUACAUAAUUAUAAUAAAUAAGCUCUAGUAUAGUGCAAUAAAUAAAUUAUUGGUAAUUAAUCGAG